AUGCGCUUCUUUGACGGGAGCGUCUACUCGGAGGAAGAGGAUCUCCUGGAGAAGAAACGGAGGAUUGGUGUAGGCAUGGGCCCUGGGGGCUCAGCGCCGUCUCGUGGCGCUCCGCCCGCUUCCGGCUCCUCUCCAGGUUCUUUUCGCUCGUCUUGUGGCCGCGGCGUUUUCGUGUCUUCGCCGACCUCUUCCCAGGCAGGUCUACUCUCAGAGUCCCUUCCUCGGGCGCCGUCGUGUAGCCCGCCCUUGGCGCCGCCUCCCUUUUCUCCUUCCUCCCUGUCCUCACCGAAACUGGUCCCCGUCUCCGAGUACUGCAAGCUGUCGAGGCGGUUUCCUCCGGGCCAGGAGGCUGUGGGAGCUUUUGACUUGGCUGUUAAAUUUGAGACCCUCGUUUCUCUUCGAUUCCCGCUCGACCAACAUCCCCGAAGAACGCACGCCUGCUUUCCUCGCUCUCGCCUCGCUUCUAUGCCUUCGCGGCCCCGUCCUCCCGCGAGCCUUCCUUCCCCGGCGGCGUUUCAGCAGUUGCUUGGCGAGGCCAUUUCGAUUGCGAAGGCCAAUGCGGACAUUCUCCCUGUAUCUACACUGCUCUCUGUUGCGCAUGCAGCCGCGCGGCUAGGGGUGCAAAUUUUCUCCUUUGCUUCGGCGCUCCGGCGCCGCGCCCUCGAUCUCCUCCCUGAAAUAAAGAAUCCCGCCGCGUUCAUCCGUCUCCUACAAGACUUGGAGAAGCUCGGUGGUCUGGGAGACCGCCACUUUAUCUUCUUCAGAGAAAAAGUGAAGGAAACGCUCCAGAGUGCUUCCUCGCGUUGUUCGCUCUUUGGGACCACUCUGGUCGUCCACCUUCUCGCUCGGCACAGACUGAGAGACGAAGAACUCCUGACGCUCGCGUACCGCAGGUUUUCGCGGAACCGAUACACUCUCGCUGCGGCUGUGAGAGAAACACCUUCGCUCUUGGCGGCGCUGCCGCUGGCCCUGUCGAGGCUCGAGGUCCCAACGUUGGCUGCGUCUGUGCUGGACAGUCUGCUCAGGGACCAAGCGCGAGCAACUCUAAGUCAACUGUCGAUCCACGAGCUUUCCAACCUCGCGUAUGCCAUCGCCUGCGUUUCCACACAUUCCCAAGUCACUUACAAAAUAGGCCCUCUCUGUGUGGACGAUGAGGAAGCGCUCCAAUUUCUUUCUCUUGCGCGGGAGAAGAAGCUGUUGAACCUGGUUCACGUGUCCCAAGUUCAGAAGCGUGUUGGACGCUUGCUUUUUGACGAAGGACUGAUGUCUGAAAUAUGUGUUGAGUAUCCUCUGGGGCCGUAUGUCUUAGAUUUUGCAAUACCGUCUCGCAAGCUGGUUGUCGAAGUUGAUGGAGAAGCCCAUUUCUUCUUUGGUACAACGGUGCCUACUGCUCAGACGCGUAUGAAGCGUGAACUGCUUGCGGCUAUGGGGUGGCAUGUGGUCGUCGUUCCUCAGGAGCUUUGGAGGAACAAAAGGAAAGGGAAAAUCAAAGAAUUUGUGGCGAGAAAGGUCCGAGAAGGACUCGAGAUCGACAGUGGCGGGAGGUGA